UUAAUAAAAAUUGGUAAAUUUAUAUAGUCUACAUAUCCAGCGCCAACAACACUCAACCUCUACUGCAACUUUCAGGCUGCAAGUGCUAAAGAUCUAAUCAUACAAAAAUUUGCAAUCCAAUUUCCAACCAAUUUGCGACAGAUUCAGCAGUUGAUGUCCAGACUAAAUUCUGAUGUUCUUAUCAGGACCAGAUGAAUCGAAUCAGAGGCUGGGUUUGUGUUCCUGAAUUAUUUCAAAUCCACAGUUUUCAUGCAUCUCUGCUGGAUCAUGAGCAGCAAGCAAGCCUGAUUUUAAGAGAACUCAGGCUUUGGAGUUUUGAGCUUUGGUGGGCAUAUCAUGAUAUCACGGGAGACAGCGAAAGCCGCGAAGUCGGGAUGGGAAAUUACCUGAGGGCAACAUUUCUAAAAUUAUCUCUUUCGUUUGCCAAAAAUUUACCGUCUUUGUUAUUUUUUCGCGGAUAACGAUAAGCAGCGCAAGAAAAUGGAUGUGCAAGCCACGAGCGAGCAUUUAUAAGUAUCCAAUUUGCAGCAGCUUCGAUUAGAUUGCCAUUUUCACAUUUAUCAGUUGUUUUGGGUUAUACCCCUUCAAUCAAAAAAAAUCAAAAAGAUCAGAAAUCUCAGUUACGCUAUGGAUCCCUACAAGAACCGUCCUUCAAGCGCUUUUGAUACGCCCUUUUGGACCACGAAUUCCGGUGCUCCAAUAUGGAACAAUAACUCUUCCAUGACUGUUGGACAAAGAGGUCCAAUCCUUCUUGAGGACUAUCAUUUGAUAGAGAAACUUGCCAACUUUGAUAGGGAGCGUAUUCCAGAGCGUGUUGUCCAUGCUAGGGGAGCAAGUGCAAAGGGUUUCUUUGAGGUGACCCAUGAUAUCUCUAACCUAACAUGUGCUGAUUUCCUUCGAGCUCCUGGAGUUCAGACGCCUGUCAUUGUCCGUUUCUCCACUGUUAUUCAUGAGCGUGGCAGUCCAGAAACCCUGAGGGAUCCUCGAGGUUUUGCAGUGAAGUUUUACACCAGAGAGGGCAACUUUGAUCUCGUGGGAAAUAAUUUCCCUGUAUUUUUCAUCCGUGAUGGAAUGAAAUUCCCAGAUUUGGUACAUGCUUUUAAGCCCAACCCUAAAUCUCACAUCCAAGAGAGCUGGAGGAUCUUUGACUUCUUAUCCCAUGUCCCUGAGAGCUUGCACAUGCUUACCUUCCUCUUUGAUGAUUUGGGUAUUCCACAAGAUUACAGGCACAUGGAAGGCUCAGGUGUUAACACCUAUACUCUAAUAAACAAGGCCGGAAAGGUACACUAUGUGAAGUUUCACUGGAAACCGACUUGUGGUGUGAAGUGUCUGUUGGAUGAAGAGGCAAUCAAGGUUGGAGGAACCAAUCAUAGCCACGCAACCCAGGAUCUAUAUGAUUCAAUUGCAGCUGGAAAUUAUCCAGAGUGGAAGCUUUAUAUCCAGACCAUGGAUCCAGAUCAUGAAGACAGAUUUGACUUUGAUCCACUUGAUGUGACCAAGACCUGGCCUGAGGAUAUCCUGCCCCUGCAUCCAGUUGGUCGCUUGGUCUUGAAUAAGAACAUAGAUAAUUUCUUUGCUGAGAAUGAGAUGCUUGCAUUCUGCCCUGGUAUUGUUGUUCCUGGUGUUUCAUAUUCAGAGGAUAAGUUACUCCAGACUAGGAUCUUUUCCUACUCUGAUACUCAGAGGCACCGUCUUGGACCUAACUAUCUACAGCUCCCUGUUAAUGCUCCCAAGUGUGCUCAUCAUAACAAUCACCAUGAAGGUUUCAUGAAUUUCAUGCAUAGGGAUGAGGAGGUCAAUUACUUCCCGUCCAGAUACGAUCCGGUUCGCCAUUCUGAGGCGUUCCCCUUUCCGGCCACUAUAUGCAGUGGAAAGCGUGAGAAGUGUGUGAUACCAAAGGAGAACAAUUUCAAGCAACCUGGAGAGAGAUAUCGAUCCUGGGCUCCUGACAGGCAAGAGCGAUUCCUCAAUCGGAUUGUUGGUUGCUUAUCUGAUCCUCGUGUCACACAUGAGAUUUGUAGUAUUUGGAUCAACUACUUUACUCAGUGCGACAGAUCUCUGGGUCAGAAGCUAGCGUCUCGUCUGAACGUGAAGCCAAGCAUUUGAAAAUACAAAUCAAGUCGCAAAAGAGAGCAUGCUGGUUCAGAAGCACCAAAUCAAUGCUAAUCUUCCAAAUGCUGUUGCUUUGUUGGGAUACUAAGCUAAUCAAUAUGUUUUAUCUUUUGAUAACAUGUUCUCAUCCAAUAAAAUGCGAGUUGUAUGUUGUCCAUUUAGACUUAAUAUUGUGUCUUUAAGAUGUUAUGUUGGAUUCAGUUAUAAAAUUAGAUUUAACUUGUAUUUGUAUUGUUUGGUUAAUCACGAGAGGGUUAUGUGGUCAAAUAGCUGGUUUAAAUGCUA